AUGGCACCACAUACAUGGCGAAAUACUAGCUCAGGGCAUCAUGUGGGCUCGCCUCUCGAUCACGCCGACUGGUCAUCACUCAUUGGCAUUGUGACGGCAAUCGUUGGAAACCUGUUGAUCUCGUUUGCCUUGAAUAUACAGCGGUAUGCGCAUAUUCGAAUAGACAAGGAGUACAACGAGAAGAGGCAUGGCACAGAUCUGGCCGAACAGUCGUUCUCAGGCACAACGACAUACGGGACCCAGCAGGAGGAGAUUGCAGAAGAGCGCUCCAAGCUCAAUGCGACCGCCCCAGGACCUGGCAAGCCAGAACCUGCAGAAGAUGCCGACGAAGAUGAGGGCCUGCGCGAGUCUUUCCAUUCCGAUGCGACCCUUGGAUCAUCGAAAGAGGAGGCGGACAGAAGGAAAUCCUACCUUCAAUCACCCACGUGGUGGCUUGGGAUAGUACUCAUGACCGUUGGCGAGACGGGGAACUUUUUGGCAUAUGGUUUCGCGCCUGCUUCCAUCGUCAGUCCACUCGGUGUUGUGGCGUUGAUCUCGAAUUGCUUGAUCGCCCCAAUGAUGCUAAAAGAGCGCUUUCGCCAGCGCGACUUCUGGGGAGUUCUUGUUGCCAUUGGAGGUGCUGUGACAGUCGUCCUGUCUGCUAAACAAAACGAAACGAAACUCGGUCCAGAUGAAUUGUGGCAGAACUAUAUCAAGCGCUGGGAGUUUCUGGUGUAUGUCAUCAUCACCAUUGUCUGCAUAGUCACCUUGACUAUCUUAAGUCCGAGAUACGGCACUCGGACGAUACUCGUUGACCUGGGCCUGGUCGGACUCUAUGGUGGCUAUACCGCUCUGUCGACCAAAGGUGUGGCAUCGCUGCUGUCGACGUCACUCUACAAGGCUUUCACGUAUCCCAUACUAUACCCGCUGGUUCUGGUCCUGGUAGCCUCAGCGAUCAUGCAGAUCCGCUACCUCAACAAAGCCCUACAGAACUUUGACUCGACACAAGUCAUUCCCACGCAAUUUGUCAUUUUCACCCUCUCAGUCAUCAUCGGCUCAGCCGUUCUGUACAGAGACUUUGAAUCAGCCACGGCCGAUCAAGCAAUAAAGUUCGUGGCGGGCUGUCUGCUCACCUUCUUCGGGGUCUACUUGAUCACGAGUGGACGUGGCGGCGAAAACGACGAUCCUGAGAUCGACGACUAUAACCAAGCAACCCAGGACGAGACAAUCCGUCUAAUUGACGAGGAGGCCUCCGACGAGCGGACUCCUUUAGUGAAGCAACUCGCUCCAGACACCAACGGCAAUGGUGCUCCGCAUAGACCUCGCACACCCAUCGACUCAAGAUCACCAACGCCCUCUUCACGCGUUCCAUCUAUCAUGCUGACUCCAGCUGAGGAGGCUUCCAAUCCCUGGCGCGAGUCCAAUUCGGACGUCUCCCAGACGUCACGUCCCAAAACGCCAAUGCGGUCUCAGUCCGAGCUACCAGGCACACGACACGAUAGUGGAGACACUCCCUUCUUCACUCCGUCAACUUCCAAGCAUCCCAUUCAUCGCACGCCAUCAACGCCCGCUGGCGUAGAGGGUACUCCGACACGUAGUCGCCGCUCCACUCGUGCCGCCAGUCCACCGAAGCCCGAUCCAGAGGCCGCCGCAGCGGCAGAAAACGUCGCGCCGCCCUCGACUAUUCGCCGAACGAGAGAUAGCAUCUCGCGGCUACUCCCUGGUCCGCUCAUGCCCACGCUAUCCUCAUCACUUUCUGGCAUUGUUGCCGAAUCUCUCCUCCGUGGGGAGGGCUCACCUCUCUCAGUACGUGCCCGAUUACAGCGGAAUCGCUCGUCACGACAUGGCGAUCCAGCAAGGCGGCGUAGUGCUGUCCAUAUCUCGGACGAGGAGGGCGCUAUGGGUGGAACGCUUAGAAAACAUGCGACCCAUCAAGAGGCACGAAGCUCAGCACCAGACGUUGUAGGCGUCAUGCAGGACGAUCGGGCAAGUUUGAACACGAAAAAGAGCAGGUUACGAAGUCUUAGUGAAACUUUCGGGGGGCUGUUGAGCUCUUCAUCGAGAGAUCGUGACCGAAAAUAUGGUAAGAGGAGGGAGGAUAUGGGGGGAAACGGCGAUAGUCGCGGUAAUUAG